UGUGUGAUACAUUGUUACUGACUCCAUUCAUUCACCUACAACAGAGCAAUUCCUACUCACCAACAUGACAUCUAAAAAAGGCGGAGGGCUGAGCGAGGUCAGAGAACCAACUGCAGAGGACCAGAAACUGGCGGAUCAGGUAAAGGAAGAUGCAGUGAAGAAGAUUGGGCGCAAUGUAUCAACAUUCAAAGUUGUACAGGUUUCUACUCAGGUUGUGGCUGGAACAAAUUACUUUUUAAAGGUGAAAGUGGCAUGCGAUGAAUUCAUUCAUAUUCGGAUAUACAAGGACCUGAAAGGGAAGGUGGAGCUUUCCAAUGUGAAAGACUGCCAGACUAAGGACAGCCCACUGGUCCAUUUCUGAGGCUCACAGCCAAAGUGAUCACAGAGAGGGAUUGGAAGGGCCAACCCAAAGUGCAUUCAUAACGUGAACCAGGGUGAACCAAUUGUUGUAACUGAUUUGUGUUUGAAAGUUGGUUGAAUAAUAUGUGAAUGUAUGUGUUGAAAUUGUUGGGGGUGUUAUGUGGUUGACUGGCCACCAGGUGGUGCUCAAGGGUGAAAAGGUGUAAUUCAUUCCCCCACCAGUAGAGGGAGCCCAGAGUGCUAGAGGGUAUAAAAGGGAGCCACACCCUAGAAUUAAUGUUAAUGGGAGAAUGCUACCAGAGAAGGAAGCUCUGUUUUAAAGGAGACCUAAAGAAGAAAAAAGUAGAUAUUGGUAUAGCAGCUUUUAGUAUCGCAGGCACUAGAUGUCUGAGUUAGGAAAGUUAGAAUGGGUAGUUUAUUGCCCCAUCUAGGAGUGUAGUGGAAAUAGUUUCCAGUGUAUAUCCCAUGAGAUAGGGACCCAGAGUGAAGGGAAGACACAGGAUAGGGUUAAUAGGACUUAAAGCAAGUGCUAUCGGUGGAUCCCGAUUAGAAUGGUAAAGGGGUGCUGGUCAAGCACCGGAUUACUGAGACGGGAGGGCUUGGCGGAAUAGUAAAGGAGUGCUAAGGUGCACUGGAUUACUUAACCAAGCAGAGGAAAACACCAGAGCUGUAAGAGUUAACCUGCCCUAGCAUCUGGGAUGGUGUUGGAUGCAUGAUUCGAUCUGUGAGUGUGACUGUUUGAAUUUGUGUGCAAAAAUAAAGAAAUAUUUUUUUUAUUCAUGA